UGCACUAGUCAUGAUCUUUUUUUUUUUCAGAUAACUAGACUAAGAUAUGGCUGGUGAUGAGGAGAAAAAGGCUCCUUCAUCGGGACGAAUUCUCAAACCCGUGGAUAUCCCGAUAUACGGAUUUCCAGAGACCCCCAAACCCCAGUUAAAAGUGGUCGAGUCCGAGCCCGGAUGGAUCAAAUCCGCCUUCACCGCCAUUAGAUUGAGUCUCAGGGAAGUCACCGGUCCUUUGGGAGACGUGCAAGACAAAGUAAACCACAUUUAUGAAACGGGCGUGGCUCAUUCCAAGGGAGCCUACAAUGAUUUGAUGGAAGAAGACAAUGGAGCCGCCCGUUUAGGUGUGAUUGCUGCCGGUGGCUUAUUGGGCUACACCGUGGGCGCCUUAAGAGGACGUCUGUUCAAGAAGCUGUUCUAUUCCACCUUGGGCUUCGGUGGAUCUGCGGCCGUCUGUUACCCUCAAGAGGCCAAUGCUUUGAGUAAGGAGGCCUUGGAUGAAGGCCGCCAAAUCGGUCUUAUCGCUUACAACUUCGUCACAGGAGUGGAACCGGAGUCUUCCAAAGUGGAUAUUUCUCUCUUAACCGAGGAAGACAAAAAGGAUCUUGAAUCAGUCCCAUCCAAGCAGUGAAGCAAGAAUGUCGUGAUUUUAGUGCCUUCAGGCAACAUAAUAAAGAGUAAAAAAAAGAUAAUAGAAAAGAAUUAUUCUACCUUUG